AGUUGACUUUCAGCAUCCAAACUGUACUGUCACGUCUACAUCGCCGGUUUUAUAACCACAACAGUUCACAUAUUUCAUAUUAACGAUGAGUUAUCCAGGUUAUCCUUAUACUUCUCCAUCUUUGCUCCCUGCUGAUCCAUUCGAUCCAUCAGCAGAUGCUGAAGUACUUCGGGGAGCCAUGAAAGGUUUUGGCACUGAUGAAAGUGCCAUCAUUAACGUUUUAGCUAAAAGAACUAACGCUCAAAGAUUAGAAAUUGCUGUUCAAUUCAAAACUAUGUAUGGAAAGGACUUAACACACGAUAUUCGAAGUGAAACAAGUGGAAACUUCAAACACCUUUUAACAUCCAUGUUAACUCCUCUCUCAGUUCUUUAUGCGCAACAUCUUCACGAAGCAAUUAGUGGAAUAGGAACGGACGAAGAUGUUUUAGUUGAAGUUAUGUGUACGAAAACUAACGAAGAAAUUCGUUGCAUUCGUGAAGCUUACGAUGCGGAAUAUGGAAGUUCCUUAGAAGAUGAUUUGAGUUCAGACACUUCUGGAACGUUCAGAAGAAUAAUGGUAUCGCUUUCCGCAGCUGGCCGCGAUGAAAGCAUGCAUAUAGACACCGAGGCUGCAGUCGAAGAUGCUAAUCGACUUUUGGAGGCAGGCGAAAAUCAAUGGGGAACUGAUGAAUCUACGUUUAAUAUGAUUCUGUGCCAAAGAAACUACGCCCAAUUACGCGUCAUUUUUGGUCAAUACGAAAAAAUUUCUGGAAAUGAUAUUGAAGACACUAUUAAAAGCGAAUUUUCUGGGGAUGCUGAAAACGCGUUUUUAACUAUUGUUCGAUCGAUAAAAAACACUCCCCAUUUUUACGCAAAGACUUUACACGAUGCUAUUUCCGGAAUUGGGACCAAAGAUAAUAAAUUGAUGAGGGUCGUUGUUACUAGAUGCGAGAUCGAUAUGGAAGACAUAAAAAGCGUUUAUGAGGAUAAAUAUGGGGAAAGCUUAGCCGCUGCUAUUGAAGGAGAUACUUCUGGAGAUUACAAAAAGUGCUUAUUGACUCUUAUUGGAGUAGAGUAAAAAUUAGAAAUAAUAUAGAAAACAAAAAUAAUUCUAAAUCUACCUUAAAAAAAUCUGGUUAAGUUAAAUGUUAUUCUUCUUAUUGCAUCGUUUUUGUAUCACCUGUUGUUUGUAUUUUCAUUGUAAAUUUAUUAAAAUAAUAAAUCUAUUCGCACUAC